UACUCCACCGAAGAAGAUUUGGUGCGAUAUCUCUUCACACAGAACGUCUUUGACCAAGCCAUCAACAACGAAUGCUUUGGGGAGAAGUGAUAUCAGUGACCGCUAGCUGCAUGUUAGCGAGAUAGAGAAGAGAUAGGAAGGGUAAUAUCUGAAGGGGGUAGUGAACGGGGAUUUGGGCUCUUUUCAUAUUUGGCUGUAACAUAUCUAGCUAUAUAGAUCCAAAAUAACGAUUGUAGCUAGCUACGACGAAUACGAGGGGAACACCACUCAACAGCAGUGUAGCUAGCUAGCGUUACCACCAUCUCCCGCAGUUUAAGCGACCACUGUGUCUUCCAUACGAUGGGAAACACUGCUACCGCCAAGAAAGGCAACGAGCUUGAGAGCGUGAAAGAGUUUCUAGCCAAAGCCAAAGAAGACUUCUUACGGAAAUGGGAAUGUCCACCACAGAGCACGACGGGCCUAGAUGACUUUGACAGGCUAAAGACCCUGGGUACAGGCUCGUUCGGGAGAGUCAUGCUGGUCAAACAUAAAGGAACAGAGCAGUUCUUCGCCAUGAAAAUACUGGACAAGCAAAAGGUGGUGAAACUCAAGCAAAUAGAACACACGCUAAACGAGAAGAGAAUAUUGCAGGCUGUGUCUUUUCCCUUCCUCGUCAGACUUGACUAUGCCUUCAAGGACAACUCCAAUUUGUACAUGGUGAUGGAGUACGUUCCAGGGGGAGAGAUGUUCUCACAUCUAAGACGAAUCGGAAGGUUCAGUGAACCGCACGCACGGUUUUACGCAGCCCAGAUAGUACUGACGUUUGAGUACCUUCAUUCACUUGACCUUAUCUACAGAGAUCUGAAGCCUGAGAACCUUCUAAUUGAUCACCACGGCUACAUCCAGGUGACCGACUUUGGAUUCGCCAAGAGGGUAAAAGGCAGAACCUGGACGUUGUGUGGAACUCCAGAGUACCUGGCGCCCGAGAUCAUCCUCAGCAAGGGCUACAACAAAGCAGUGGAUUGGUGGGCCCUCGGGGUCCUUAUAUAUGAGAUGGCUGCUGGAUACCCUCCCUUCUUCGCUGACCAGCCCAUUCAGAUCUACGAGAAGAUUGUGUCUGGAAAGGUCCGCUUCCCAUCCCACUUCAGCUCUGACCUGAAGGACCUGCUGAGGAACCUGCUGCAGGUGGACCUGACCAAACGCUACGGCAACCUGAAGAACGGUGUAAACGACAUCAAGGGACACAAGUGGUUCGCCACAACGGACUGGAUCGCCAUCUACGAGAGGAAGGUGGAAGCCCCGUUCAUACCAAAGUGUCGAGGCGCUGGAGACACAAGCAACUUCGACGACUAUGAGGAGGAGGAGAUCCGCGUCUCCGUAACGGAAAAAUGCGCAAAGGAGUUUUCCGAGUUUUAGCUCGUGUGAACGUGGAUAUAUCAGGGCUAAAACACACAUGAAAAAUAAGGGGAUCUUUGCACUCUUCUAAAGACUUGGGGUUGGAGCAGAGACCGUUGUUCAACUAUUACUAAGUAGUUCCUUCAUUCCACGAGGCUGAAUGAGGUCGCCAUGAUCCUUGGGUGCCGAUGAUAACACCUUCACUGUCACACACACUUGCAUAUUAAAGCAAACACUUCACCUUAAAAAAAAAAAAAAAAAAAACUCUUCCCACUCUGUUUUUGAACUUUGUAGCAGUUGUUGUUGUCAUGGAUGUUGUGCUCCCCUUUACAGCUGUGAUAUUUUUCGUUUUAGGAGGAAAACCAGAAACAGAGUUACUAUAUGAGACAAAGGCCAAUUGAAUAUUAUAAGUCCACGCAGUGUAACUUCAAACCGAUUUUGCCUGUGGCAGUAUCGCACAUGAUUGUGUGGUUUUGUAGGGCAUUGCCUCUAGUUGUCAAAAGUUUAUAUUCUUGGUCUGUUACAAGUCUGGGAUGGUUUUCAAGAAAAACAUAUUCUCACCUUGGACUAGGACAAUGUUUUGGCCAUAUUUCAGAAAUAGUAUUUGUCCUGUGUAUAAUGUUUGUCACUCUAAGACAUUUUAAACACCCUUGAGUGUUAAGAGCAUGACCAAAAUACAACUAAUUGGGUGACCGAGGAAGAGAGGUCCCUUCCUUUCUUUACCUUUUGCCUUAGAGAGCCAAUUCCAACACCCCACAAAGUGCCCAUUCUCUGGCCCAUUGGUAUUCUGGCCCUGUAAACAGGGAAGUCAUUACAGAGAAUGGUGAACCCAAUUACAAACAGAAAUUAACAAAACAGUGAUUUGUUGUUUCUGUUUGUGCCAGAGAAAGUCUAGAAUUUGUAAUCUCUCCUUUUAAUUUACCAUAUUUUAAUCCAUGGAUUAAAACUGAAGGCUUUUUAGUCCCUAAAAUGUAAGAUCCGCUAAUAAAAAAGGACCCUUUUUAAAAAUGAAUUUGUGGAGCUCCAAAUGCGUUAAAUGUACUCUUUAAAAUGAUCAGUUCAGUGUGUAUAGUGUUGUGGCUUUUGCCUCAACAUUGUUAGUGGAACCAGUACACACUUCAUAACAAUAUAUUGAUGCUAAAACAUUUGAAAAAGCUUCUCAGAAGGAUCACAAUACAAUUUGUUUUCCAUGUUUUUCCCCUAUUGCUGUUCUUGACCUCUCUCCUUUCCUUGUUUGUUUCAUUCUUAUGACAGAAUGUAGAGUUGCAACUUAUAGGUAUGCAUAUUGUUUAAAUUGCUUGAUUUCAAGGUACAUGUUUUUUUUCUCACAGACAUACUGGCAAAAAAACUAAAAACAAGACUGCUCCUUUGUAUCACAUAAUCCAGUCAUUGUUCAGCUCAUUACAUUAUACGUACAGUAUAUGCAUUGUUUCAUAUGUUUUUAUUUAUACACAUUAGAGAUGCUAAUAAAUUUUAUUUUUAAAAGUGUCAAAGUUUGGAAUGUUUUUUGUAAUCUUGUGGUGUACAUAACGGCAUACUGCUCUAGGAGUGUUCAUAUGUGGGUCUUAUUUCUGUCAAACUUUAUAAAUCAGGACAACAUCCAAGAGGCUACAUCACACAUCAUGACUGAAAUGUUCAUGUAUUUUUUUUAAAUUACUACUACAUUUACCAAAUAUUAACUAUCCUAGCUGUAUUGGAUCAUUUAUGCGUAUGCCCACUUAGUUAAAUUCAUACUGUCAUUUUCCAGCAAUAUUAGAUUUGGCAUAACAAUAGCAAUCAUUUCAAAGAGUUUGGCAAUAAAUGAAAGUAAUUCA